GGCUGCCAGGGCUUGUUGCACCCAGCCUCGUCUGAGCCGAGCCGAGCCGAGCCGAGCGGAGCGGGCAGGGGGUUUAAACUCAGUUCAUUUCAAACAAAAGGCUCUCUUUGUUUUCUCUCCCUCUCCUCUCUGAAGAACAUUACAAAAGGGACACGCUUCCAGCAGCAACCUGCAAAGGAAUCGCUCUCCCGGUUUGAGCUGGAGCUGCCCGUCCUGGUACACGCAUCUGUCGGCAAAGACAGAUAGGCCCCUCGUACUUGGACCCUGUCAAGAUCAGCUUGGGAUCCUGGUCCUCAUCAAACUGAGAUUUCUGAUUGGCCAACUGGUGGUGGUUCAGCGACGUGCGCCUGACUGGAGACAAUGAGUGAGCUAGAGCAGCUACGUCAGGAGGCAGAGCAGUUACGGAACCAGAUAAGGGACGCAAGGAAAGCAUGUGGCGACUCCACGCUGUCCCAGAUUACGUCCACCCUCGACCCGGUUGGGAGAAUCCAGAUGCGGACACGCCGCACCUUGAGGGGUCACUUGGCCAAGAUCUAUGCCAUGCAUUGGGGCACCGACUCCAGACUGUUAGUAAGCGCCUCUCAGGAUGGAAAAUUAAUUAUCUGGGAUAGCUACACAACAAAUAAGGUUCACGCCAUUCCACUCCGGUCGUCCUGGGUUAUGACCUGUGCUUAUGCCCCAUCUGGUAAUUACGUUGCCUGUGGUGGCCUGGACAACAUCUGCUCCAUCUACAGCUUAAAGACCCGCGAGGGGAACGUGCGAGUGAGCAGGGAGCUCCCAGGUCACACAGGUUAUUUGUCUUGCUGCCGUUUCCUGGAUGAUAACCAGAUUGUCACAAGCUCUGGUGAUACAACCUGCGCUCUGUGGGAUAUUGAGACCGGGCAGCAAACAACUACCUUUACGGGCCACAGCGGAGACGUCAUGAGCCUCUCCCUCUCCCCGGACUUCAAAACAUUCGUGUCGGGUGCCUGUGAUGCCUCAGUCAAGCUCUGGGAUGUGCGGGACAGCAUGUGUCGACAGACCUUCACCGGUCAUGAGUCGGACAUCAACGCCGUCUGUUUCUUCCCCAAUGGGAAUGCCUUUGCCACAGGGUCGGACGAUGCCACCUGCCGGCUGUUCGACCUGCGGGCUGACCAGGAACUGAUGAUGUACUCCCACGACAACAUCAUCUGUGGCAUCACAUCUGUGGCCUUCUCCAAGAGUGGCCGCCUCCUGCUGGCUGGAUACGACGAUUUCAACUGCAACAUCUGGGACUCCAUGAAGGGCGACCGUGCUGGAGUCCUGGCCGGUCAUGACAACAGAGUGAGUUGCCUGGGGGUGACGGACGAUGGAAUGGCUGUAGCGACAGGAUCUUGGGACAGCUUCUUAAAAAUUUGGAACUAACGCUGAUGUGAAGUGCCGCCCCAGUGUAAAAAAACACACAUACACACACCACACGCAUCUUUCCUAGAUUUGAAACCUAUCACCCUCCUUCUCUCCCCCUCCCUUGAAGAAUUAACCUGGUUUGGAUUGGGGAGGAGGGGGUCGAUGUAUCUGCGAUAGAACAGAUACUGGAAAAUACAUAAUCACACCGAUAAUCGCCCCGAUUCCCAGUGUGCUCUGUUGAAGGUGAAGUUUUGCUUGUCUGUUUAAAACAUCAAAAAAUACUUUUUAAAAAAAAAUUCCAUCAGUUUGUGUAUAGAGUGCCCAGAAGCAAGGUUGAAAUUACUUCUUUUUUUUCUAAGAAAUUUGACGUGAGAGCUGUUGAUUUAAUUAUUGUCAUUGGAUUUAAUUCAUUAUGUUUGCGUUUAGUUUGUGUGUGAGUGCAUGUCCGGCGUUGAGUCUCCGCCUUUCGGUAUGGGUGUGUGUCCAUGUGUAUGAGUGCAGAAGUUCCCCUUAUCAGAAUACAGUUACUAAAACAUUUCUCACUUAGAGGUGCCCCUAAUCCUUUGAGCACUGUUGAUGCCCGGCUUAACGUUUGGAGCUGGUGGUGAGCCUUAAUGUUCACCCCGCGUCACUGUGCUCCCUCCCCCUUGCUGCCAGACAUUCUCCCCAUACUGAGCACUGUGACCAUCAGCUAAAUCCAAGGGAUGGGCCUAUGGUUGAGUAAUUUAAGAACCCUGCCCUGUGAGAACAGACUCUCUCUGUUGUGUGGGUGCUCCUAUGCUGUGAUACAGUUAAUGAAAACAGAAGCAAGUCUUUCUGUUGUGGUGGUGGUGUGGUGGGGUUGUCUCGGUUGACUGAAUACGCAGAGUGUAAGGGAAUGGAGAUGGCUUUCCCUCUUUGAGGUGCCUCCUCUGUUCCCUUGCAUCCAGGGAGAGCCACUGCCCCCCAACUCCAGAGUUCUGAGUUCAAUCCCCACCUCUGUGCGUGCAAGUGUCUGUGUGAAAUCAGCACAUUCUCCCAGUGACCCCAUGGGUUUCUCCCAGUGCUCCAGUUCCCUCCCACAUCCCAGCAGCUUAUGGGGUUGGUGGGUUAAUCAGAUGCUGUAAAUUGCCCUCUGGUGUGUGGGUGAGGAGUGGAAUCUGGGGAGAUUAACGCAGGUGAGGGUAGGAUCAGUGUAACUGGGUGGUUGGCGGUCAGCACAGAGUCUGUGGGCCGAAGGGCAUGUGUCUGUGCUGUCCCAUUCCUCCUCCGAACCAGCAUUAAGGGGGUGCACCAUGUAGUGAGACAGACUGUCCUGUCUUUCCCCUCCCACCGCAGCGUGAGUGUCUCGCGUCAGGGGGAGACCUCCAUUCUGAAAGGCCUAAGUCUGUAUUGUGCCUUUCUUCGUGUCUGGGGUUGGAAUCUGAGCAUCAUGUACACUUCUGGAUGCUUUUUACUGCAUUCUGACCCUUGCCCGUGGCCCACAUGCUCGUACAGAGGAUAGUAAAACUGUGUCCCUUCCUUGCGGAGUCUUCGUCUGAUCAUCACACCGUGGAGAGCCAGUGUAGGUGGUGAGCUGUACACUGCCUGUGCCUGCUCGUACGGGCAGAACCUGCAACAUUGCUAUGCCAGCUCUCUCAUCCUCACUGUAGCCUUGCUCGUGGCUCAUAGUCCAUAUUAAGCUUCCCUCCUCUUCACCCCAACCAUGGGGAAACUCUGCUCCCGCUUCUGUCCACUUGGAGCUGAUCACAGUUGGUGGUGGAGUGCUGUGUAUCUGUUUGUCACAGUGUGUCUGCACGUGUGUACGUUUGCAUGGAACGAGUGCAGGGAUCCUGGUUAGGGAACUGAGGCACCCACUCACAUCUCUGCACGGAGCAGUUCACCCCUCCUUUGGUCUCAGCCUGAAGCUACCAGUGAGUGACCCCAACAGCACUACCCUCCUGCCCACUGUAGCGACCUCCCAUCUCCUGCUGGGCUCGUUGUUCUCUCUCUGUCUCUGUCUUUUACUCACUCUCUCACUCUGUCUUACUCUUUCUCUCUCUCUCUCUCUCUCUCACACACACACACACUCACAAACACUCACUCAUACUCUCCCUCUAUCUCACUCUGUUCCCCCUCUCCCAACUUUCUCUCUCUUUCCCUCCCAACCAGUAACAAGAGGGCAGGGGGUGUUGUCAACUGGUCUUCCUCCAGUGUCCCAGCGUGUGGAGAGUAGACUUGGUCUCCUGACCCCACUGGUGCACUGCAUAGUUGUUCACCUCUACUGAGCGUGUGCUCACUCAUGGAAGUGGACCCUUUCAUGAUGACUCCCACCUCGUGAGGGAGUCCGGUCCACACUGUUUGCACUGGGUAAGAGGUUGGGGAUUUGCACUGAUUAUGAAAGACCCGAGUGCUAAGAUCACUGAUAAAACAAACCUUAAGCAUUUUUUGGUAACUUGUAUACCCAGCAAGUAUUCGAAUAAUUGAAAGUAAUUGCAUAUCUUGUUGAAUCAUCAAAAAUUCUGCUUUUGUGCCAUAUUUUGUAUAGUGUUCUCUCUCUAAACCUUGUUUUUUCCUCUACAUAUGGCCAUGACAUAGAAACUGUGUCAGUGCCAAGAAUAAUAAAGCUCGGUGUUCGGUCUCUGUGCCAACCACGUGUGUUGCUGUGUCCACCAGAGACCCAUGGUGGACACCAGCCAUUCUGCCUAGCCAAGAGAUCCAGCCCAAGCAAGCUGCAGGCCCAUCUGGAUGUGCCAGUAGUGUUGUAAUCUGGCAGAAAGCAUCCCCUCCUUCUGUACCCAGAUCUGUGGGGCGAGUUGGGGGGGUGGUUCUGUGCAGUGGAGUGAAGCAGCGCGGUCCCCAUUUGUGGUAGGUCACCUGGUCCCUGCCCAUCUCUCACCGUGGAAGAGAAACCCUAGAGUUAACGAUCUUAGCAAGUUUGCCGAUCUCAGCCCUGGAAACCUUUGACAAAGAUGCAUCAAUGUACACAAAAUGCCAGAGGAACUCAACAGGUUAGGCAGCAUCUGUGGAACGAAAUGGGCGAUCAACGUUUUGGGUUGAGACUCUUCAUUGUCAGCUGUCCAUUUCAUACUUGGUGGUUGGUUGUCAAAUGGCCUCUUUGCCCUCUUACCUACUUAUCCCUCCCUCCCCCUUCCUCUUACCUGCUAAGCAAACAAAAGUGAUAAUUUAGAGGUUAUUGUGUGAGAAGUAAUUAGCAUUUAGCAAGGGAAGUUUCCCUCGCAUCUAAAGAAGAGGUCUUGUAGUGUGACAGACAUUUCCUGAUCCUGAGUGUGAGCAUCUGUGACAUGCUCUGCCUGUUCCCUACCUCAUAAUCUCCCUCUCUGGGCAAGCAUUAAUACCUGCCUUCCUCCAGCAUCCCACCAUGAUCUUCCCAGCUUUUUUUUUGGAGCUUCCCAAUCUGCAACCUGCAAUCAAAUAGCUGACAGCAGAGGGGAGCAAACUGCUCCUGAAUCAUUGAAUGCAGGUCUUUGGGCUUUUCGAUGGUUGUAAUGAGAAGAGGGCAUGUCACCACAUGGUGGGGGUCCUUAGUGAUGGAUGAAGAUGACCUUGGUGCCGGAGAGGGUUGUGCCUGUGGUGGGGUUGUACAAGUCUUCAGCCCUCUGCAGCCUCUUGUAGAGUUGUGUCAAUCUAGUGGUCUGGUUGACAACAUGAUGGUGACCCCACCGCCAUUGUUGACAGAUUCUCUGAAUGCAGUCCCGCACAGUGUAAAGGGGCGGAGUUGGUGACCCUUCUCCCAAAUGCCAGCAGUGAGGACUCCUGAAGGUUGCACCAUUGAGUGUGCAGUGCAGUGCAGAGGGGAUCGUGGUCACUGCGCCCAGGACCACCCAGCCUUGAGUCGACUGGUGCUAAUAAAACCCCACCUGAGCCAUAUCACUGGGGGAGGGGGUUGGUGGUAAAUGCCAUCCCACUAACACCAUCGAGCCCCCCCCCCCCCCCCCGCCCCCGGGCUGUGGUGACAACUAGAAGUAGACUGGAGCAAUAACGAGCUGGAGGGGUUCCACUUCCAUAACCCAGCUAGCACAGCCCCCACCCUCUUUCCUUGCAGACCUUUCUUUGGAGGCAAGGUCCCUUUGAAAGUGUAUUGAGAGUGCAGUUUUGUUCUCGGUGCGGUCCUUGUUCUUGGGAUGUCUCGCUGCAUUCGUGUUCCUCAGAGCACGUUGAGGGGGAACCUCUUCACUCAGGGUUGGUGAGAGCAUGGAACAGGCUGUGAGGGCCAGUUGUCACACGUGGAUAGGGAAGUCUGGAGGCUAUGAUGCUGGUAGAUGAGAUGAGGUGCAGACCAGUUGGGCAGAAGGACCUGUUUCUCUACGCUCUAAUUUUAUGUAUGCAGCUGAUGGUAUUAGUGCAAGGAAGCUUUGUCCGCACUGUAGGGGGGUGGGAGAUAUAUGCCCUCACCUUUCUCCCCCCCCCCCCCCCCCUCCGCCCAGGACUCUAUGCGGAUUGCUGGGCAAGCCUCUGGUUACAUGUUGGUAAGGUGCGUUGUCUCCCACCUCUAGAGAUUUGGGUUCAGUCCCGACCUCCAGUACUUCUGGAAUGUUCCCCCCCCUAGCGCUUCUGUUUCCUCCAUAUCCCAAUGAUGUGUGAGGUUGCUGGGUUAACUGCCUCCCACUCCAGCGCCCUUUCAUGUGUAGUGAGUGGGAAUAUGCUAGAAGUGGAGUUGAUGGUAAUGUGUAACUGGGGCGGGUCAGCGUGGGCCGGAGGGCCUGUUUCUGAGCUGCCUCCUCCAAGCCAGAGUUAAGGGAAGGGAGCACCGUGUAGUGGAACAAACUGCCCCCUUCUCCCCACUGCAUGUGUGAGUGUCUCACCUCGCCACCCCCAGAAUUGGGGAGAGACCUCCGUCCCGAGGGUAACCCAUCAAGCCUGAUAGGGAAGCUGCUGCUUUGUCACCACUGCUAGGAGGGAUUUAAUCCUACAUGGCUGGGAGGCUGAAUGUGUCACCAAAAAAAUCUUGCAGAUGCUGGAAGUCCAAAGCAACCACACACAAAGUGUUGGAGGAACUCAGAAAACUAAGCAGCUUCUACGGAGAGGGGGGAUCAAUUGGUCAACAUUUGGGCUAAGACCCUUCUUCAGGACACAGAUGCUGCCUGGCCUGCUGCAUUCCUCCAGCAUUUUGUGUCCCAGGUUACGAGCUGGGUGGGUGAGCCACUGUCUUACAGGCUCCAGAGAAGAGCAAGAGAGGGAGAACAGGAAUGAAAAGCUGCUAAUAAACUUCAUCUUAGUGGACCCAAGUGAUUCAAGUAUUUUAAAUCAACCCUAACAGGGUUUACCAAACAUCCCCUUCACUGCGUCUCCUGUACCUCCUUCCUCCCCUCAAGAGGUGACACCCACACACCAGUUUACAGUUGGAACUCCCUCCUGUGCCUGAUUAACCGCGUGCAGACUCUUCCACCUCAGGCAAGCUAUUUGUGUUUCAAAUGGAAGAUAAUGUUUAAGAAAACAAAAUUUUAAAAAAUGUCUAUUGUCGCUCACUUUUACUUUGUGUGUAUAUAUUAUAUAUAUUGAAACAACCUCUGCAUAGUGUGGUAACACAUUAUAAUGGGGAAAUAUCUAUGUUGUGUAACAAGAUACGAACCGUGCAUUUAUAAAAAAAAAAAUUCCUA